GGUAUUCACAAAUAUGUAAUUAAAAGGGCAGGUAGAAGAAUAUACAAAUGAUAUUCAGAGAAAAGCUGGCACAAUAGAGGUUAUACUGCCAUGGCUUCGUGUUGGAAAUCUGAAAUCUACGUGUUAUUUGGUGAGAGAUGAGGUGUUUGUUGCGGAGCUGCUCCCGGAGGAGAUCGGGCAUAGCUGAGCGCAGUUCAAUGCAGAUAUUGCAGUAGCGGUGAAAAGAAGAUUAUUGUAUUAAAAAGAAAAUCAUCGUAUUUUUUUUUUGCUUGAUGGGGAAAUUUGGAUUGUCCAUGCCAAAAGAACAACCUGAAGGACAGGAAGGAUGUGGAAGAAGAAAAGUGGCCCCUGCAUAUACUUUUUUUAUAGGGGGUUUUUUUUUUUUUUUGCUCCCGACCUCGCGCAGAAGUGCGCUGAAGAGAGGGAUCUUCGGGAGUGGCCCAAGAAGAGCUCGUGAAGUGGCGAUGUCACAAUUUUGCCCCAACGUGGGAUUCACCGAUCGGACAUCAGUCUUUCAAUUGUCUUGUUCUUGAUAUCUUUUCGGGACACUGAAAUCAUUGAACAAUGGCCAUUAAGAUUUUUGUCAUCAUUGCAACGAGUAUAAUGAUGGCCAGAGCCAGUGUAGUGCCAGGUGUACCUGUAGCAGUAGCUCCACCGCCAUUGGUCAAAGUUGAUGACUAUGAUCCACAUCCACAAUACACUUACGCCUAUAAUGUACAGGAUAGUUUAACGGGUGAUGCAAAAAGUCAACACGAAACACGCAAUGGAGAUGUUGUUAGUGGAAGUUACAGUCUUAUUGAGGCAGAUGGAACUAGAAGAAUUGUUGAAUAUUUUGCCGAUCCAAUUAAUGGAUUUAAUGCAGUUGUUCAUCGAGAACCAGCUAUUGUUAAAGCUAUUCCUCCUGUGCCAGUAAUUCCGCCAAUUCCACAAAUUCCACCACCAGUUCCAGUAAUUCCAGUAGCUAACAAUGCUCAUCCUUAUGUGGCACCAUCUCCAUUUGCCUAUCAUCAUUGAUUAUUAUCUAAUCAUUUUUCUGACUCAAUUGUCCUAGUCAAAUCAUUGUAAAUAUAUAAAUAUCUAUUGUUACUUCUUUUGUACUUAUUUUACUGAAUAAAAAUAUUUUUCUUAAAAUA